ACGACAUGAGCUCUACAUGAACCACGUAAAAUGCUUUAAGACGCUUUCGGCGUUUGUCUUUCAUCCGUCUAAACCAAGGACAAGCCUGAAGCGGAGCUAUACUUCACGACCAGGUGUAACACUGUCUUAAGCCUGAGGGUGGCAGAAUGCCGGAGCAGAGCAACGACUAUCGUGUGGUGGUGUUCGGGGCUGGGGGAGUGGGGAAGAGCUCCCUGGUCCUGCGCUUCGUGAAGGGCACCUUCAGGGACACCUACAUCCCCACAGUGGAGGACACCUACCGCCAGGUGAUCAGCUGUGAUAAGAGCGUGUGCACCUUGCAGAUCACCGACACCACAGGGAGUCACCAGUUCCCGGCUAUGCAGCGCCUGUCCAUCUCCAAAGGCCACGCCUUCAUCCUGGUCUACUCCAUCACAAGCAAACAGUCCCUGGAGGAGCUCAAACCCAUUUAUCAACAGGUCCUGGCCAUUAAGGGCAAUGUCGAGGCAAUCCCCAUCAUGCUUGUUGGCAACAAGAGCGACGAGACCCAGCGGGAGGUGGAGACCAAGGACGGGGAGGCUCAGGCCAAUCAGUGGAAGUGCGCCUUCAUGGAGACGUCGGCCAAGACCAACCACAAUGUAACCGAGCUCUUCCAGGAGCUCCUCAACCUGGACAAGAAGAGGAACAUGAGCCUCAACAUCGACGGCAAGCGCUCAGGGAAGCAGUCCCGCGCAGAGAGACUGAAGGGCAAAUGCAGCGUGAUGUAAAGCCGAAUGCAAGAGAGGAGGAGAGGGGAGGUGGAGGUGAGAGAGA